AUGCUCUUUAACGUCUUCACAACCGAGACCCUCGGCAUCAGAAACCACAUAGCAAUCUACAUCGAAACAGACCCAACCACGGACAGCGGCUGGCUACACCACGUUACAGGAACAAUCCUCAACGGCAUGGAAUACACACCCCGACCAACCCGCAACCCAAAGGAGCUACCAGAAUACGUUCUCGACUCGCAAAAGCGGAUCGCCACGAUCAACGAGGAAGAUCUAGGACAAUUCCGUGAGGAGUGUUGCUUAGCUGUCCCGCCCCCACGUCCUCAGGUUACACUUGGUGGGAAGCGGUUGUAUCCUGAUAUACCGCUUUAUCGAUGUGGACAUUGGCUUAAGGAUAUUGAGGAGUUGGCGUUUGAGAGGGGCAUUUUCAAGAGGAUUUGA